CAUAUUGACUGCUUUUUUUUGUGUUAUUUUUUGGUUGCAAUUUAUUUACAAUAACGAUGUUUCGGAGAGGGCAGGCUAUGCUGCCUUUCUUCUUAUUGACCUGGGUCUUGAGGCUUACACAAGCUCUUGCUUCAGCUCAUGAUCCCCUGCAGGACGAAGCAGCUGCAAAUUCCAUGUCGGGGACAGGAAACUUGGAUCGUGGAGGGACCUUGAGCUUAGCUACUGAUUUAGCCAUUCCUUAUGCUGCAGAUGUUUUUUCUAAAACAGAUAGCUUUUCACCAAAUGGAAAAGGUGAACUUUUUGAGGUUUCUGGUUAUUCUGCAGAUCAACAGAGGCAGUCUCUUGCUCAUGUGUUUUCUGAGUCUGAUGCUACAAACGAUGGGCUUUUUGAUUUCAGCCAGCAUUAUAGGUAUGAUGAGGAUGCACUUGAACAGCCUGUCUCUUCCAAUUUGGAUAGUGAUGACUUCAAUUCCGAUUUGACCAAGAAACCUGUCCCUUUUGUUGCUGAUGAGUACCUUAUGGCUUCAGAAUCUGAAGGCGAUGUGGAACAUGCACUCUUUACUGAUUGGAGUAAUGAUGCUGACUUCCCUCAAGUCUUUAAAUAUGCUGAUUUAGCUACUUCAGAUAAAGAAAAUGUAUCUAAUACUGCUACCCUCAAUGAUUCGGUUAUUAAUCUUGCAGCAGAAGUGGGUAUAGGUGAACUUGGCAAAGAGUUUGAUUCUUCUGACAACUAUAAAUCUGGUACCUAUUCUGAAACCCUAGGCUAUGAUUCUGCUACCUUUUCAGAUCUUGAAAAGGAAGGCACUGAUGCUUUGCAUCUUGAUGUACAUGCCUAUCAUCGUAAGGACCUAGUUACUGGUGACCUUAAUGGAAUGCAUGUUUCUUCUUUUGACCGCUCUGUACUUACUGAUAUAAAUCUGGAGUUGCAUAGAGCUGGAGAAAGCGCUUUUAAAAUUGCCAGUGCAAGCAACUCUCCUGAUCUCUCUGAAGGUCACGGGUUGCCAAGCAGUAUCUAUGAUGCCUCUGUAGGGCUCUAUGGUGUAUUUAAGCUACCUAUUACCCCAGAAAAUCCUCCUCCCCAUAGCACAGGAGAGCCAAUCACCCUGGCUUCAGCAACUACAUGCGGUGUUGCAGACAUGACCAUCAAAUUGUUUGAUGGAAGGUUGACCGACCUUAAAGUGCAAGCCGACUUCAUGUUAGUUGAAGUAAGCAAGAUUACGCAGAGGUGCAGAUACAAGGUGUUGGAGAAAAAUGGAGUGGUCCACUUUACAACUGCCUUCAAAGGUUGCAAUGUGAAGGCACUGGGUGGGCAAUAUGUCUUGACCCUGAUGUGGAGAAACCACUAUGUGCAUAUGUCCUGUCCAAUUCCCACACCUGAUAGACCUAUUACAAUCUGUGGUAGGAGUAGCAUGACCAUCAAACUCCCAGCAGGACCAAUAGAAGCGCUUCGUGUAAAAAAUAAAUUCAACAAAUGGGUAUCCAUUUAUGAAGUUGCUGUUAAAUGCAAAUAUCAACUGUUGAGUGAUUCGGAGGGAAGGAUCACUUUCACUACUUCCUACAAUGGAUGUCACGUGAGGAGAUUGAUGGAUCGUUAUUUCUAUAACAUCUACUAUCAAAUGGCUCCAGGGAAGCUAGGACAGGCACUCAUGUCUUGUAGGACCGGAAUUAAUGUCACAGUCCCACCUGAAGAGUCUUUGCCGUCUGUGUUUUGUGCCAAGUCUGGCAUGAUGAUCAAAUUGCCUAAAGGAAGUCUUAAUGCAGUCAAAGUGAGAGAUGGUUUUGACAAGGCAAUACCUGUCAGUAGUAUUGCCGAGCAAUGCAAUUAUCAACUCUUUCAAAUGAAGACUGGACACAUCAUCUUGAUUGCUUCCUUCCAAAGCUGUCAAGUUGCAUUUGUGGAUGGUUGCUUUGCCUUGAGCCUCCAAUUCCAGCAUGCUGAUGGUGUAAUGGGAGAGGCGUCUGUGCUUUGCCAUGCGGGUGGGAAGCCAAAACCAACUUCCCAACCAGAGACCCCUACAACUCAAGAAGUAUUUUCCAGUAUACUGUCUACAGUAAUUCCUGUAGAUGUGUCUGCUACCAUCUGCAACAAGGAUGGCAUGACAGUAGUGCUACCCAAUGGUCCUUGGUGGGGGAUUAGAGUGAAAGAUCUUUCUGGCAAAGAGAUCACUGUGACUAGUGCUUUGGCAGAACGAUGCCAUUACAAUCUCUCUCUGCAUCUGGAGAAAAUAAUCUUUACAACUACCUACACUGGCUGUUUUGUUGAGGAAGUGGGAGGUCGGUAUGUCCUGACUGUCCUGUACAGGACAGCUACUUGGAAUCGAGGGUCUGUGCGGCUGGAAUGCCCAACCAGUGCUGGAAGCCCUACAGAAUUGCCUCCUCUUCCAGCCACUGUGGGGAAACCCAUUCCUGUCUGCAGGUCCUCUAACAUGACUGUGGUGCUGCCGGCAGGAUCUCUAGAAAAAGUCUUUGUACUAGAUGAAUUCAAGAGGCCAGUAAAAGUCAUUGAUGCGCCCAAGUCAUGCAAUUACAGCUUGGUGGAGAGACGAGGACGGAUCCUCUUCACAGCUCCCUACAGUGCCUGUGAUGUCAAGAUCUUGAAUGGAAACUAUGUCCUGACCAUUAUGUCUACAAGUUAUUCUGGAGGCUUUGCAUCAGUGCAGAUAGAAUGCCCUACCACUGGAGAACCAACAAAACCCCCUCCCUCUACAAAACCCAUUCCUCCAACUCCUGUCUGUGGAGCUUCCAGCAUGAUGGUGGCGCUGCCUGAGGGACCUCUGGAACAAGUCAAGAUAAUGAAUGACUCUAAUGGGCUAUGGGUAGCUGUAAAGGAUGUCCCAAAGAACUGCAACUACACACUGAUGAAGGAAAGAGGAAGAAACCUCUUCAUAACCUCCUACAAGGCCUGUCAUGUCAGGAUACUGAAUAAAAACUAUGUCUUGACUAUAAUCUACACAACUGCAACUGGGAUAAGAGGGAUGGUGCAAAUGACUUGUCCAGCAGUAGAGACAACAACCCAUACUACUAGGACUACAACUAUUAGGAAGCCAGGGACUACUGGGAAACCUACAAAACCAACUCUCCCUCCCACUCCUGUCUGCAAAGCCUCCAGCAUGACUGUAGCCCUGCCCUCUGGGUCACUACAAGUUUUGUUAUUGAAUCUGUCCAACGAAUGGGUAGAUAUCGGUGCUGCUCCCAGUUACUGCAACUACAGUUUGGUGCAGGGAAGAGGCGGCAGAAACUUCUUUACAGCCCCCUACAGGGCUUGUGAUGUCCGGAUACAGAAUGGGAACUACAUGUUGACCUUGCUUUACAUAACUGCUGAUGAUGAACGAGGGUACUUGGACAUUAGAUGUCCCACCACUGGUGGGGAGCCAACAGAGACUACUAGAACCUCUGGUGUGGAGCUGACUGGAACCACUGGUGGGGAGCCAACAGAGACUACUAGCCCCUCUGGUGGGGAACUGACCGGAACCACUGGUGGAGAAAUUACAACUAUUUGGAAACCUACAAUGCCAACUCUCCCUGACACUGCUCUCUGCAGAGCCUCCAGCAUGACUGUAGAACUGCCCUCUGAGUUGCUUCAAGUUCUAGUAUUGAGUCCAUCCAAUGAAUGGGUAGAUAUCGGUGAUGCUCCCAGUUACUGCAACUACAGUUUGGUGCAGGGAAGAGGCGGCAGGAACUUCUUUACAGCCCCCUACGGGGCUUGUGAUGUCCGGAUACAGGAUGGAAGCUACAUCUUAACAUUACUCUACAUUACCACUGCUAAGGGAGGCUACGUGCACAUGACUUGUCCAAUAAAAACCACUACUAGGGAGCCAACCAAGACUACUAGAACCAGUGCUGGGGAACCAACCAAGACUUCUAGAACCAUCACAACUACCAGAACCACAAUUAUACGGGUGACCAGCACCAGCGGGACGACUACCAGAACCACCAUUGGGGAGCCAACGAAGACUACCAGGACAACCAGAGGGAGGACAAGGACCACCAGGACAACCAGCAGGAAGACCACCAGGACAACCAGCGGGAGGACAAGGACAACCAGCACAACCAGCAGGAAGACCACAAGGACAACCAGCGGGAGGACAAGGACAACCAGCGGGAGGACAAGGACAACCAGCACAACCAGCAGGGAGACAACCAUUGGGGAGCCAACCAGCGGGAGGACCAGGACAACCAGCGGGAGGACCAGGACAACCAGCGGGAGGACCAGAACAACCAGCGGGAAGACAACCAGAACCACCAUUGGGGAGCUGACCAAAACCACCACUGGUGGAGAAAUGACAACUAUUUGGAAACCUACAAUGCCAACUCUCCCUCACACUGCUCUCUGCAGAGCCUCCAGCAUGACUGUAGAACUGCCCUCGGAGUUGCUUCAAGUUCUAGUAUUGAGUCUGUCCAAUGAAUGGGUAGAUAUCGGUGAUGCUCCCAGUUACUGCAAAUACAGUUUAGUGCAGGGAAGAGGCGGCAGGAACUUCUUUACAGCCCCCUACAGAGCUUGUGACGUCCGGAUACAGAAUGGGAACUACAUGUUGACCUUGCUUUACAUAACUGCUGAUGAUGAACGAGGGUACUUGGACAUUAGAUGUCCCACCACUGGUGGGGAGCCAACAGAGACUACUAGAACCUCUGGUGUGGAGCUGACUGGAACCACUGGUGGGGAGCCAACAGAGACUACUAGAACCUCUGGUGUGGAGCUGACUGGAACCACUGGUGGGGAGCCAACAGAGACUACUAGAACCUCUGGUGUGGAGCUGACUGGAACCACUGGUGGGGAGCCAACAGAGACUACUAGCCCCUCUGGUGGGGAACUGACCGGAACCACUGGUGGAGAAAUUACAACUAUUUGGAAACCUACAAUGCCAACUCUCCCUGACACUGCUCUCUGCAGAGCCUCCAGCAUGACUGUAGAACUGCCCUCUGAGUUGCUUCAAGUUCUAGUAUUGAGUCCAUCCAAUGAAUGGGUAGAUAUCGGUGAUGCUCCCAGUUACUGCAACUACAGUUUGGUGCAGGGAAGAGGCGGCAGGAACUUCUUUACAGCCCCCUACGGGGCUUGUGAUGUCCGGAUACAGGAUGGAAGCUACAUCUUAACAUUACUCUACAUUACCACUGCUAAGGGAGGCUACGUGCACAUGACUUGUCCAAUAAAAACCACUACUAGGGAGCCAACCAAGACUACUAGAACCAGUGCUGGGGAACCAACCAAGACUUCUAGAACCAUCACAACUACCAGAACCACAAUUCUACGGGUGACCAGCACCAGCGGGACGACUACCAGAACCACCAUUGGGGAGCCAACGAAGACUACCGGGACAACCAGCGGGAGGACAAGGACAACCAGCACAACCAGCAGGAAGACCACCAGGACAACCAGCGGGAGGACAAGGACAACCAGCGGGAGGACAAGGACAACCAGCACAACCAGCAGGGAGACAACCAUUGGGGAGCCAACCAGCGGGAGGACCAGGACAACCAGCGGGAGGACCAGGACAACCAGCGGGAGGACCAGAACAACCAGCGGGAAGACAACCAGAACCACCAUUGGGGAGCUGACCAAAACCACCACUGGUGGAGAAAUGACAACUAUUUGGAAACCUACAAUGCCAACUCUCCCUCACACUGCUCUCUGCAGAGCCUCCAGCAUGACUGUAGAACUGCCCUCGGAGUUGCUUCAAGUUCUAGUAUUGAGUCUGUCCAAUGAAUGGGUAGAUAUCGGUGAUGCUCCCAGUUACUGCAAAUACAGUUUAGUGCAGGGAAGAGGCGGCAGGAACUUCUUUACAGCCCCCUACAGAGCUUGUGACGUCCGGAUACAGAAUAAAAACUAUGUCUUGACUAUAAUCUACACAACUGCAACUGGGAUAAGAGGGAUGGUGCAAAUGACUUGUCCAGCAGUAGAGACAACAACCCAUACUACUAGGACUACAACUAUUGGAAAGCCAGGGACUACUGGGAAACCUACAAAACCAACUCUCCCUCCCACUCCUGUCUGCAAAGCCUCCAGCAUGACUGUAGCCCUGCCCUCUGGGUCACUACAAGUUUUGUUAUUGAAUCUGUCCAACGAAUGGGUAGAUAUCGGUGCUGCUCCCAGUUACUGCAACUACAGUUUGGUGCAGGGAAGAGGCGGCAGGAACUUCUUUACAGCCCCCUACAGGGCUUGUGAUGUCCGGAUACAGAAUGGAAACUACAUGUUGACCUUGCUUUACAUAACUGCUGAUGAUGAACGAGGGUACUUGGACAUUAGAUGUCCCACCACUGGUGGGGAGCCAACAGAGACUACUAGAACCUCUGGUGUGGAGCUGACUGGAACCACUGGUGGGGAGCCAACAGAGACUACUAGAACCUCUGGUGGGGAACUGACCGGAACCACUGGUGGAGAAAUGACAACUAUUUGGAAACCUACAAUGCCAACUCUCCCUGACACUGCUCUCUGCAGAGCCUCCAGCAUGACUGUAGAACUGCCCUCGGAGUUGCUUCAAGUUCUAGUAUUGAGUCCAUCCAAUGAAUGGGUAGAUAUCGGUGAUGCUCCCAGUUACUGCAACUACAGUUUGGUGCAGGGAAGAGGCGGCAGGAACUUCUUUACAACCCCCUACAGGGCUUGUGAUGUCCGGAUACAGGAUGGAAGCUACAUCUUAACAUUACUCUACAUUACCACUGCUAAGGGAGGCUACGUGCACAUGACUUGUCCAAUAAAAACCACUACUAGGGAGCCAACCAAGACUACUAGAACCAGCAGGAAGACCACCAGGACAACCAGCAGGAAGACCACCAGCGGGAAGACCAGAACCAGCAGGAAGACAACCAGGACAACCAUUGGGGAGCCAACGAAGACCACCAGGACAACCAGCAGGAAGACCACCAGCGGGAGGACAAGGACAACCAGCAGGAAGCCAACCAGCGGGAGGACAAGGACAACCAGCAGGAAGACCAGCAGUGGGAAGACCACCAGGACAACUAUUGGGGAGCCAACGAAGACCACCAGGACAACCAGCAGGAAGCCAACCAGCGGGAGGACAAGGACAACCAGCAGGAAGCCAACCAGCGGGAGGACAAGGACAACCAGCAGGAAGACCAGCAGUGGGAAGACCACCAGGACAACUAUUGGGGAGCCAACGAAGACCACCAGGACAACCAGCAGGAAGACCACCAGGACAACCAGCAGGAAGACCACCAGCGGGAGGACAAGGACAACCAGCAGGAAGACCACCAGCAGGAGGACAAGGACAACCAGCAGGAAGACCACCAGCAGGAAGACCACCAGGACAACCAUUGGGGAGCCAACGAAGACUACCAGAACCACCAGCGGGAAGACAAGGACAACCAGCAGGAGGACGAGGACAACCAGCAGGAGGACCACCAGCGGGAAGACCACCAGGACAACCAUUGGGGAGCCAACGAAGACUACCAGAACCACCAGUGGGAGGACAAGGACAACCAGCAGGAAGCCAACCAGCGGGAGGACAAGGACAACCAGCAGGAAGACCAGCAGUGGGAAGACCACCAGGACAACUAUUGGGGAGCCAACGAAGACUACCAGGACCACCAGAACCAUUGGGGAGCCAACGAAGACCACCAGGACAACCAGCAGGAAGACCACCAGGACAACCAGCGGGAAGCCAACCAGUGGGAGGACAAGGACAACCAGCAGGAAGACCACCAGGACAACCAGCAGGAAGCCAACCAUUGGGGAGCCAACCAAGACUACCAGAACAACCAGCAGGAAGCCAACCAGCGGGAGGACAAGGACAACCAGAACCACCAUUGGGGAGCUGACCAAAACCACAACUAUUUGGAAACCUACAAUGCCAACUUUCCCUGACACUGCUUUCUGCAGAGCCUCCAGCAUGACUGUAGAACUGCCCUCGGAGUUGCUUCAAGUUCUAGUAUUGAGUCCAUCCAAUGAAUGGGUAGAUAUCGGUGAUGCUCCCAGUUACUGCAACUACAGUUUGGUGCGGGGAGGAGGCAGCAGGAACUUCUUUACAACCCCCUACAGGGCUUGUGAUGUCCAGAUACAGGAUGGAAGCUACAUCUUAACAUUACUCUACAUUACCACUGCUAAGGGAGGCUACGUGCACAUGACUUGUCCAAUAAAAACCACUACUAGGGAGCCAACCAAGACUACUAGAACCAGUGCUGGGGAACCAACCAAGACUUCUAGAACCAUCACAACUACCAGAACCACAAUUAUACGGGUGACCAGCACCAGCGGGACGACUACCAGAACCACCAUUGGGGAGCCAACGAAGACUACCGGGACAACCAGAGGGAGGACAAGGACCACCAGGACAACCAGCAGGAAGACCACCAGGACAACCAGCGGGAGGACAAGGACAACCAGCACAACCAGCAGGAAGACCACAAGGACAACCAGCGGGAGGACAAGGACAACCAGCGGGAGGACAAGGACAACCAGCACAACCAUUGGGGAGACAACCAUUGGGGAGACAACCAGCGGGAGGACCAGGACAACCAGCGGGAGGACCAGGACAACCAGCGGGAGGACCAGGACAACCAGCGGGAAGACAACCAGAACCACCAUUGGGGAGCUGACCAAAACCACCACUGGUGGAGAAAUGACAACUAUUUGGAAACCUACAAUGCCAACUCUCCCUCACACUGCUCUCUGCAGAGCCUCCAGCAUGACUGUAGAACUGCCCUCGGAGUUGCUUCAAGUUCUAGUAUUGAGUCUGUCCAAUGAAUGGGUAGAUAUCGGUGAUGCUCCCAGUUACUGCAAAUACAGUUUAGUGCAGGGAAGAGGCGGCAGGAACUUCUUUACAGCCCCCUACAGAGCUUGUGACGUCCGGAUACAGAAUAAAAACUAUGUCUUGACUAUAAUCUACACAACUGCAACUGGGAUAAGAGGGAUGGUGCAAAUGACUUGUCCAGCAGUAGAGACAACAACCCAUACUACUAGGACUACAACUAUUGGAAAGCCAGGGACUACUGGGAAACCUACAAAACCAACUCUCCCUCCCACUCCUGUCUGCAAAGCCUCCAGCAUGACUGUAGCCCUGCCCUCUGGGUCACUACAAGUUUUGUUAUUGAAUCUGUCCAACGAAUGGGUAGAUAUCGGUGCUGCUCCCAGUUACUGCAACUACAGUUUGGUGCAGGGAAGAGGCGGCAGGAACUUCUUUACAGCCCCCUACAGGGCUUGUGAUGUCCGGAUACAGAAUGGAAACUACAUGUUGACCUUGCUUUACAUAACUGCUGAUGAUGAACGAGGGUACUUGGACAUUAGAUGUCCCACCACUGGUGGGGAGCCAACAGAGACUACUAGAACCUCUGGUGUGGAGCUGACUGGAACCACUGGUGGGGAGCCAACAGAGACUACUAGCCCCUCUGGUGGGGAACUGACCGGAACCACUGGUGGAGAAAUGACAACUAUUUGGAAACCUACAGUGCCAACUCUCCCUGACACUGCUCUCUGCAGAGCCUCCAGCAUGACUGUAGAACUGCCCUCUGAGUUGCUUCAAGUUCUAGUAUUGAGUCCAUCCAAUGAAUGGGUAGAUAUUGGUGAUGCUCCCAGUUACUGCAACUACAGUUUGGUGCAGGGAAGAGGCGGCAGGAACUUCUUUACAACCCCCUACAGGGCUUGUGAUGUCCGGAUACAGGAUGGAAGCUACAUCUUAACAUUACUCUACAUUACCACUGCUAAGGGAGGCUACGUGCACAUGACUUGUCCAAUAAAAACCACUACUAGGGAGCCAACCAAGACUACUAGAACCAGCAGGAAGACCACCAGGACAACCAGCAGGAAGACCACCAGCGGGAAGACCAGAACCAGCAGGAAGACAACCAGGACAACCAUUGGGGAGCCAACGAAGACCACCAGGACAACCAGCAGGAAGACCACCAGCGGGAGGACAAGGACAACCAGCAGGAAGACCAGCAGUGGGAAGACCACCAGGACAACUAUUGGGGAGCCAACGAAGACCACCAGGACAACCAGCAGGAAGACCACCAGGACAACCAGCAGGAAGCCAACCAGCGGGAGGACAAGGACAACCAGCAGGAAGCCAACCAGCGGGAGGACAAGGACAACCAGCAGGAAGACCAGCAGUGGGAAGACCACCAGGACAACUAUUGGGGAGCCAACGAAGACCACCAGGACAACCAGCAGGAAGACCACCAGGACAACCAGCAGGAAGACCACCAGCGGGAGGACAAGGACAACCAGCAGGAAGACCACCAGCAGGAGGACAAGGACAACCAGCAGGAAGACCACCAGCAGGAAGACCACCAGGACAACCAUUGGGGAGCCAACGAAGACUACCAGAACCACCAGAACCAUUGGGGAGCCAACGAAGACCACCAGGACAACCAGCAGGAAGACCACCAGGACAACCAGCAGGAAGACCACCAGCGGGAGGACAAGGACAACCAGCAGGAAGCCAACCAGCGGGAGGACAAGGACAACCAGCAGGAAGACCAGCAGUGGGAAGACCACCAGGACAACUAUUGGGGAGCCAACGAAGACUACCAGGACCACCAGAACCAUUGGGGAGCCAACGAAGACCACCAGGACAACCAGCAGGAAGACCACCAGGACAACCAGCGGGAAGCCAACCAGUGGGAGGACAAGGACAACCAGCAGGAAGACCACCAGGACAACCAGCAGGAAGCCAACCAUUGGGGAGCCAACCAAGACUACCAGAACAACCAGCAGGAAGCCAACCAGCGGGAGGACAAGGACAACCAGAACCACCAUUGGGGAGCUGACCAAAACCACAACUAUUUGGAAACCUACAAUGCCAACUUUCCCUGACACUGCUUUCUGCAGAGCCUCCAGCAUGACUGUAGAACUGCCCUCGGAGUUGCUUCAAGUUCUAGUAUUGAGUCCAUCCAAUGAAUGGGUAGAUAUCGGUGAUGCUCCCAGUUACUGCAACUACAGUUUGGUGCGGGGAGGAGGCAGCAGGAACUUCUUUACAACCCCCUACAGGGCUUGUGAUGUCCAGAUACAGGAUGGAAGCUACAUCUUAACCUUACUCUACAUUACCACUGCUAACGGAGGCUACGUGCACAUGAGAUGUCCAAUUCCCACCAGUGGGAAGACUACCAAGACCACCAUUGGGGCGCUGACCAGGACAACCAGAACCACCAGCGGGAGCUUGACCAUAACCAGAACCACCAUUGGGGAGCCAACCAGAACCACCAGCGGGAAGACUACCAAGGCCCCUACAAAUGUGGUCUGCACAGCUUCCAAUAUGGUGGUGGAGCUUCCCAACGAACCUUUAAGACUGGUUAAGGUUCUAGAUAAAUCCAACCAGUGGGUAGCUGUCGUUGAUGCUCCCAAGUACUGCAACUACACCUUGUCUCGGGAAAGGGGAAGGAACUUCUUCAUAACCCCCUACACGGCCUGUGAUGUCAGGAUACUGAAUAACAACUAUGUUUUGAAAAUAUGGUAUCUGACAACUGGUGGCAAAAAAGGGUAUGUGGUGAUGGAAUGCCCCACCAGUGCUGGAGAACCCACAAAAGCCCCAACAACUACGACCACUACAUGGGAGCAAACCAAACCGACAAGGAUCACUGGAAUUGCUACGAAGACAACCAUGAGAACCACUAGUGGGGAGCCAACUGUGGUCUGCACAGCCUCUAGUAUGGUGGUGGAGCUGUCCAGGGAACCUCUGGUACUAGUAGAGCUUCUAGCUGAAUCCAGCGAGUGGGUAGCUGUCAUUGAUGCUCCUGAGGAUUGCAACUACACCUUGAUUCGGAGCAGAGAAAGGAACCUCUUCAAAACCCCCUACACAGCAUGUGAUGUCAAGAUUCUGAAUGAGAACUACUUCUUGGCCUUGCGCUAUACAACAAUUGAUGGUAAAGUAGGGCAUGUACAGAUGAAAUGUCCAACCAGUGCAGGAGAACCAACAAAAGCACCUGCAACUACACACACGACCAGGAAAUCAACAAGGACCCCCCCAGCACCAGAUGUGGUGUGCAACUCCUCCGGCAUGAUGGUGGAGCUGCCCAAGGACUCUCUGGACCUAGUGGAGCUUCUAGAUUAUUCCAACAAAUGGGUAGUUGUCAACAAGGCUCCUGUGUACUGCAACUACACCUUGCUGCAGGGAAGUGGAAGGACCCUUUUCAUAACCCCCUACAAAGCCUGUGAUGUCAGGAUACUGAAUGAGAACUACAUCUUGACCCUCCGCUAUACAACUUCUGGGCAACAAGUUUAUGUUCACAUGAAAUGCCCAACCAGUGCUGCAGCACCCACAAAAACACCUUCCUCUACAACCACUGCUAGAAAACCAACAAUACCCACUGUCUGCAAAGCCUCCGUCAUGACAAUAGAGCUGCCUGAAGGACCAAUUGAACAAGUAGCCCUGAUAGAUAAAUCCAACACUCUGGUAACUGUCAAAGAUGAUACCAGGAAGUGUGGAUACAGCUUGGUGCAUGGGAGAGGAAAGAACAUCUUCACAACCCCUUACACGGCCUGUGAUGUGAAGAUGCUGAAUGGGAAUUAUAUGCUGACUCUAGCAUAUGUAACCCUUGCUGGGAGAAGGGUACUGGUGCAGAUGAAAUGUCCAACCAGUGCAGCUUUACCAACAGGGUCGCCGCUCCCUCCCAUUGGGGUUUCUGUGUUCUGCAGUGAUACUUGCAUGACAGUGGAACUUCCUGGGGGACUGCUACAAGAUAUCCAGUUAAUGGAUGAAUCCAACAACUUGGUAGCUGUUACCAGUGCUCCCAAGACUUGUGGCUACAGUUUGGUGAGGGGGAACGGCAAGAACAUCUUGACCGCUCCUUACAAGGCCUGCAAUGUUAAGAUACUGAACAACGUCUACAUCCUGAGAGUCCUUUACACAACUCUUACUGGGGAGCGAGGAGAUAUACAGGCCAAGUGUCCUGUUCCUGGUCUAGUACCACGUGAGGGGUGCAAGAUACCAAGAAGUCAGCAGGUUGCUUGUGGUCCACCUAAUGCUGAUCCACAACUCUGUGUGGCCAAUGGCUGUUGUGUGGAUGCAACAACUUCCCAGUGUUACUAUCCUUUGGAUGCGUGCACUGCAGAUGGCCAUUUUGUAUUCUCCAUAUACCGCACCUCAACCAAGCCAGAAAUCGAUCCUGGCAGUCUAGUAAUUGCAGGAAACCGAUCAUGUGCCCCAGUCAUCUGCACGCCAGACUUUGCCAUCUUCAAACUUCCUGUGACUGGCUGUGGGACACAUGUCUUUACGGUGGCAGAGACUACAAUCUAUCUUGCUGAAGUUCAAGGCUUGGUUCGGGGGAACCAGCAGGUGUAUGGACAAAUUACCAGAGAUGGCCCUUUUCGUUUAUAUGUGGAAUGUCGCUAUUCUAAAGGAAGUUUGGCCAGCACUGGUUACUUGGUGGUGAACCCACCGCCUCCAUCAGCAGCCUUGGCUUUUGGCUCGCUAGGGGUUCGGUUAAGGAUUGCCACAGACACCAGCUACACCAGCUUCUACCCACAGUCCCAUCUGCCCCUGAGCUUCUUGCUUGGCAGCAAGGUGUAUCUGGAAGUGCAGCUUGUAAACCCUCCUGACCCCAAUGUAGUUCUGCUGGUCCACUACUGCAUCGCCUAUCCCCAGUCCUCUCAAGCUGCCUGGGUGAUCCUCUAUGAAGGUUGUCCAAACAUCCUGGAUUACAGCAGUGCUGCUGGCCUCCAUGUGAAAUACAAUAACAUGCCUGUAUCCAAGCACACUCGACGCUUUGAAAUACAAAGCUUCCAGUUCCUGGACUACAAGACCAAGCAGCAUUUGGAUGAGGAAAUCUAUUUUAUGUGUUCAACUGAAGUCUGUUCUCCUGAACGCCGUGUUUGUAAUGAAGGAUGCUUUGAUGGGAGAGAUAUGCCUGUUCCAGUAGAUCUUGGUGUGGGAGGGCGCUGUGCACGAAAGCCCUGUCCUGGGAAAUCAAACGUAGUCAAGCGAGCUGCUUCUGGUCAUACCGGCCUCAUCGCUGUCGGUGUAGAAACCUUUAUUUUGGAUGAGAAUGUGCCCCAUGAACAAACGGAGAAGCACUGGACUCGCUUCCAUGGUUUCCUGGGGCUGCUUGGUUUGGUGGUCUCGGUAUCUCUUCUAAUGCUCUUCCUCAAAAAAAUGGGUUGUCUUGCAAAUUGUCAUGUCCCAGAGAAGCAGUCUCUAACUUGAAUAAACCUUGAUCUUGAAA